GGCAUUCAAUUAUCAGAUUAAGUGUUUUCUCCUCGAUUUCAUCUAUCAAUUUAUCUCUCUCUCUCUCUUUCGACUUCCUUAGAAAAAACGAAGAAAAUGAAGACCUAGAUUUUGGUUUAACUCAGAUUACAUUUAGGGGUUUGAUUCAGUAGGGGGUUAAUUCUGAUCUGAUACAGUUUAGAUUUCGAUUUUGUUCGGCGGAUUCUCAUCUCAGAUCUGAUACAAUCUUCAUCUCGAUUUCAAUCUUCUUCUGCUUUACCUACGAAUUAUUCAAUCCUGUGAAAUCAUCUAGUGUCGCUGGAUUUGCGGAUAGGAGAUUUGAGUAAAAUUGAAACACAUGGAUUUGAAUGAUAUAAAGGGUACACCGGACUUGCAUCAAAUUGAAUCAGCAACUUGUUGGAUUCACUUGUACAUCAUAUACCUUGCAGAGUGACGUCACAUCAGAUGCAAGGUUUUACGAUUUUAACCCUAAGCUAAAAACCACCAUCAACAAUGGGUCAUAGAAGGUUUCUAAGGGAUUCUAAACAUCCUUAUAGAUUGCAAAAUUCAAAUUUUAAUGGCAAAGAAGAACAUAACAAGGCUCCCAUACGUUUGACUGGUGAAGAAUUAUUGAGUAAGAUGGAGUCAAUGAAAACUUCUUUUGGAAAGCUAACUGGUGGGAAGAGGAAUGGAACUCCAUGGUCCAAGAGAUCAAUUUUCUUUGAUUUGCCAUACUGGAAGGAAUUGUAUGUUCGCCACAAUUUGGAUGUGAUGCAUGUGGAGAAGAACUUCACUGAAAUUUUAUUCGGAACUAUAUUGAAUGUGAAAGGUUCAUACAAUAAAGAUGGAGUUGCUGCUCGUCAAGAUCUGAAAAGGUUGAAGAUAAAGAGAAAUUUGUGGAUGGAUCCUAAUGGCAAACAAAUUCCACCAGAUGCUCCCUUUGAUUUAUCAACAUCAGAGAAACAAUUAAUUUUUCAAACGUUAAGCAAGUUAAAGGUUCCAAUUGGGUAUAGCGGGAACUGGAAACAUAAGGUGGAUUUGCAGCAACUCCAAUUCAGAAAAAUGAAGUCUCAUGAUUAUCACAUCCUCAUUUACCCGUGGUCCUGGAGUAUGCUUUUAAAGAUGUCAAACCAUUACGUGCUGUGAUCUUAAAUGUAUCUUUAUUCUUCAAGAUCUUAUGCUCAAAGGUGGUAGUUCGAGCAGAGCUCAUCAGUAUCCAUCAACACCUUGUGGAGGCAUUAUGUGUUUUUGAGAUUUACUUCCCUCCAUUUUUUGUUUCGAUGAUACAUCUUGUUGUUCACUUGGCCGAAGAAGUUUUACUUUGUGGACCUGUUCGAUUUAGAUGGAUGUAUCCUGUUGAGAGGAUGAUGAGAAUAUAUAAAGGGUAUGGACGGAACAAGACAUAUAUAGAGGGGACUAUAUCUGAACAGUAUGACAUAGGUGAAGGAAUGAGACAUUGCAUGGAGCAGUUCCCUACAGUUAACUACAAAUGCAAUAAACGAAAACGUAACACUUCCACAGAUGAGGUAGCUGACAGUGAAGGGCCAUAUCCUAGUGAUGCAGUUGGUAAACCAUGCCGGUUGUCUAGUAUUUUACUGUGAUUGGGUACGCACAAGCUUAAUGGGUGUGAAGUGGAUCCAGAAACCAACGUAGUCUGUGUCAAUUUUGCUAGGUUCAAACGAAAUACAAAUGUAGAAGAUGAGCCCUUUAUCCAUGCUUCUCAAGCUUCUCAGGUUUUCUACUGCAAAGAUGAUACAAGGGAUACUUGGCAGAUUGUUUUAGAGGCUCCAAAAAGUCAACUCCUGAUGUCAAUGCUUAUCAAAAUCCUUUUGUUUUCUCUGGAGCUGCCGAUGAAGCCCUAUCGUCUACAUUUUAAUAAAAAAUUUAUUUUGAGUUUAAUGAUGUCAGGUAGCAGAUGUCAAUCUAGUACUGGGGAACAUGAAGCUGUUGAAGGCCGCAUAAGAGAAAAUGACUCUCAUAACAAGUCUAGCCAUGAAGACCAUACCGCAGAUAGUUAUGGAAGCACUUCUAGGCUACCAGGAAACCGCAAGCAGAUUAUAUUCGACAAAUAUGGGCGCCCUUGUGAUAUCGGUUCAGAACAAUUUGUGACAAAAAUUGGAAAGAUAGUAGGGGCACAUUGUCAUCCUGCAAUUGAUUCUUGGACGGUUGUUUCAGAAAGCAUCAAAGACGAUAUAUGGAACAACGUCGCUGUUAAGUACGAGGUAACUGAAAUUUAUAAGCCUAACAUACCGACAAAGGCUAAUGUUUCUUGGAGAAACUGGAAGCAUCAGCUUCGACGUGUGUUGGAUAAGUAUGACACUAUUGCCGAGAUGAAAAGAAAUAUGCUUGAACGCUUAAUUGCAAAAAGAGAAGAUUGGGAAAGUUUUGUUGAUUUCUUCAAUACCGAUGAGGAUAAGAAACGUCGUGCAGCUGGUAAAAACGCUAGAGAAGCUGUUGAGCUACUACAAUCAUGUGGCAAGAAAGGAAUUUCUCGCACAAUAUACGACCUGGAAAAAGAGAGUCCAACGGGUGAAAUUAACAGAUGUGUGGUGUUUGCGACAACCCAUGUAACCAAGACCAUAAAUGAUCAGAUGCAUCCACAUCCGCCUCUGAUGUUAAAAAUUAGGAAAAUUAAAGAACUCGUAGAUGCUGAUCCAAAAGGUCAGAAUGAUAUAGACAAUGAUGCUAUUGCUAAGUCAUGUGGGCGUGAUCAAAAAGGUCAUGUACGAGGAAUGGGAGGAGGUGUUACCAAGACCCAGAUGCGUGCUUCGGCAUUAAGUAGAGAGACUCUUCGUAAAGUAUAACAAGAAAACAGAAGUAUGCGGUCUGAUAUCGAUUUACUCCAAACACAAGUUGGGACACUCGUGCAAAGAUGUAUUUCAUCAUCAUCGAUGUCUAAUCAGGCUCCUGAUGAGUCCAACCUGCCUGCUGCUAGCAACUGCUUCAUCAAAAACUUCAGAGGGAGAACCAUUGCUUUGGGAACUUUCAGUAAUGCUGCUUCCCCAAUGGAGCAUGCGUAUAGCGUAAGUGUUGAAGAAAUAUUUGACAGAGAUGCAGAAUUAUAUGAUGAAGAUGGAACUCUUGGUGAUAUUAUGCUUGGGCAGGUGAUCAAUUGGCCGAAAGGAAGUGUUCAACCUUAUCGGUAAUGAACCAUGUCACUGUAGUUUUAGACUUUAGCACUGUAGUUUUGAAUGAAUUUACUCCUAUUGUGUUCUUUUCUUAUGUCGUCUUGUUGGAUGUUGUUUGGACGAAGAAUCCGUUUGAGGUUAAACAUUUACGAUUUAUGGAAAUUUAUUUUGAAGUUAAGAA